AUGGAGCUCAGCCCCCGGGACUGUCCUGUCCCAAACCAUGGUACAAGUCCCAAACCUGUCCCAAAUCAUGUAACAAGUGCUCCAGCUGAUGCAUCGGAGGCAGCGGCUUACCCGUGCUCCUGGGGGAAGUCCAGACCUCCCGCAGCCCCCUGCCAACAGCACUGCUCUGGGGGAGGAAACCGCCUCCUGCUCCGGCUGACCACCGCCGCCUCUCCGCACGCCUUUCCUGGCCUCCCUAUCUGGGCUUGCUCCCGCGAGCGAGGGCCCAGCAGCAGGCCCAGUGCAGUGAGACCCAGCCAGGUCCUCACCAGCCAGGGCAGGAGCAGCCGCUCUCCUCCCUUCGCAGGUCGCUUCUCGGACUCGCACGCCCUGUCGGAGCUGGUCUACUCUGCCUCCAACCUCCUAGUGCUAUUAAAUGAUUGGAUUCUCCGAAAGGAGCUGCAGCGGAGCCUGCCCGUGUCGCUGCCCCAGCAGAAGCUGCUGACCUGGCUGAGUGUGCUAGAAUGCGUGGAGGUCUUUGCAGAGAUGGGGACAGCCAGGGUGUGGGGGGAGAUGGGCCGGUGGACCAUCAUUGUCCUCAUCCAGCUGGCUAAAGCCAUCCUUCGUCUCCUGCUCCUGCUGUGGUACAAAGCUGGCAUCCAGACGUCUCCUCCCAUCGUGCCGCUGAACAGGGAGCAGCAGCAGCCUCUCCACCCCCAAGACGUGGAGGACAGCUCCUCAGGGAAGGAUCAGACCUAUGUUGGCAGGCGUUCCAGCCGUGUUGUGCGCUCUCUCCAGAGCACCCCAUCCCUGCAGUCCCGGCAUUGGGGGUCCCCCCAGCAGAGGGAGGAGUCGCAGAGCCGAAGAGCCGAGGAGAUGAACCAGCCUCCCACCCCUCUGGGUCUCCAAGAAACCAUCGCAGAAUCCAUCUACAUUACCCGCCCUCUGCUCCACCUAUUGAGUUUAGGAGUGUGGGGCCAGAGAUCGUGGAAACCCUGGCUCCUCUCGGCAGUCCUGGACAUCUCUAGUCUGAGCUUGCUGAGUGAUCUGAAAGACCUGAACAGGCGAGAGCGAGCAGAGCUGAGGCGACGAACCAUCCUACUGCUGUACUACCUGCUGAGAUCUCCUUUCUAUGACCGAUACUCAGAGGGCAGGAUCCUCCUCCUUCUGCGCUUGUUGGCUGAUUAUGUGCCUGGAGUUGGCUUUGUCACACGGCCACUGAUGGAUUACUUGCCUGCUUGGCAGAAAAUCUAUUUCUAUAACUGGGGCUGAUGAGAAGAUGAUUAUUCUCUGCUAAGAUCAUGGCUAGACAUUUCUAAGGAGGGCAAGCAGGCUGGGGGAGGGAUGUUGAUAAUGUCUAAUUUCCAGUUAAGCCAUCAAUGAGAAGCUCCUGUUCUGCAGGGUGGGGAGGGGGGUGUAUGUAACUUUUUUAACAGAUCUGUCUGUGAAUGAUGGACGCUACAUGCAUGGAGAGACCCUGGCCACCUAUUUCUCUGGACCGUGCUGUGGCUGCAGUGAUGGUGACGGGACAAUCUCUUUU